AUGGGCCGCCGCAAACGCAACUCCGAGUCAUCUGCCGAUGAGAGACCGACGGUAAAAGAGUUGCGCGCCAAGAUGGAUAAGCGCCCAGUAGAGGCAAAUACGCCAACAAACGACCCAGCUCAUGCGGCUCAGAAGAUGGACAUGGAGCUUGCCAAGUGCAGGCUGGGUGUGGCAUAUAUUGAUAUUUUCAAGAUCCAGAAUCCCCUGCUGUUCGGCAAAUACAACGACCGUCCGCAGGUCGAGAGGGAGGUGAACAAGCUGCUUGCAUCCUUCAAGAAAGAAGGAAUCCUAGCGAUGCGAGAAGAUACUGCCAUACCGAUUAUGGUGUCAAGCGCACGCCUCCAGAGUGGUUUGCAACUUGCACUCAACUUCAACGAGGAGGAGGUGCCACCGCUGCAAUUGAAGGAUGCGCAUACUAUUGUGGUAGCAUCCGGUCAACAUCGCGUCGCUGCGCUCAAGAAAUACUCAAAGAACGUUCUGGAUGAGAUCGCUGCUGUCGAGAAACGCCGCCACAAGAUAAAUGAGAUGAGGAAUCCAUCAGAGGAGCACAUCUCCGAGUAUAACCGCCUUCGCAGCGAGCUUGGUGAGCUGCGAGGUGCAUUGAUUCUAAUGGCGAAGUGGGGAGUCAUCGUAUAUGAUGAAGACACAGUCUUGGCAGGCGGCGAUACACUAGCAAACCACUUGUCCCGAAACAAGUCCUUGCACGAAUACAAGGAAACGCCCGAAGAGUUGUUUAGCGGCAUCCUGCGAUUAAUAAAGGCAGCAUAUAAGAAUGCACCAGAGGAAGAGCGGGUUGCAGCUGCACGGGCUGAACUGCAGCUUCAGCGCGACAAUAUGGAAAGGCAGAAAAACACGCGGUUGACCAAAAUCCUCAGCUAUGAGAAGCUCGUGUUGACGCUUGCCAUCGAUCUCCUGCCGUUGGGAUCGCACUUCCGCCGUCGCAGAGAGUUCCAUAUCACCUGGCUAGCUCGAUCCAUUGAUGUUGUGAUGGGGAUGUUUAUCCAAUUUAUUCAGUUUCACACUCACAUCCUACGCCUGCUUGCAUCCAAUGACACCUUCCCAGACUACGCAACUGUGAGUGACACAAUUGCAGCCGCAUACGAUGAAGAGUCAGGCUGCGACGAGGCUGUCACCAAACUGGAGGAGUGGCGCCAGAUGAUAUACGAUAGCGCGCCUAACCCAGAUACCGCUAUUUUCAAUGAUGUCUUUGACGACAUGUCAAUCCAAGUUGAUGAUCAGUUCAAAAACAUCCCUUUAAAGGAUAUUGGGACCCAGGCACCCAGCUACACCACAAGCCUGGACAACUACUCCAACUACCUGGUCCGCAAGCUGCGCUCUCAAUGGCACUUAUCAAGAACUACACCAACGCAAUGGAAUACUAUCGCCAAGUUUCAUGACAGGGUGACCGCAAGAAUCGCAGUGUGGCUGACACCUGAAGAUGGUGCGCAGGAGGCGCCUUUUCCACUAUUAUGCGGGCAUGUCCUCGACAUCGCAUGGUCUAUGCUAGCAUCUAACAGUGCUGCAUUUGAGGAGAUCAGCGGAUGGUUCGAGCCUCUGCUGUUGCACUAUCACACCCUUCAUCGUCAUAGCCAUCUGAUGGAUGACAAGACGGAGGUCAUGUUCACAAACCUCCGCAACGACCCGAGGAUGGUUGAAUCUGAGAAAAUAGAGGAGGCGGUGUUUACCUGCUUAUGGGCCCUCCGCACGACGAUGGUGCUGCGCCUCCAGAAUAACCUGACCACCGCAAUCGCUUGCAGUCAGCGGAGAAAGCCUUUCAAGGACCGAAAGGAGGUCGAUGAAAAAUUCGCGAAGCUAGGAUCUGGCGGCAAGGAUGACCUGAAGAAGUUGCAGAGUGUGAUGACAUCGAGGAAAGGGCGGGGGAGGGACCUCACGACUGAGCUGCAGGUGACCCCUUGGAUCCUUGCGCUGCACGUCACGAGCUGGGACUGGAACAACUGCACGUCAAAGAACAGCAAGCGGGACAUGGAGCCAUUUAUCAAGGCAAUACUGCUUGACCUUGGCAGAGACCGCAACAGACGAGAGGAUCUCUUCCAUGAUCCACUGGUGGCUGGCCUCCGGAAAACGCUCGAGGAUGUGAUUGCAAAGCACACAAAAGCUAUCAAUGUGGUUGGAAAAAAUGGAAGGACCAUCAAGCGGAAGACGUGGGUAUGGUAUGACGGUGCUGGGAUUCCGUCAGAUGUCGCCCCAACUGUGACAGCCUCACUCAUGGUUGAUGAACAUGUCAAGGACACACACAUUCAUCGUUACCAUGAGUUGGAGGAACGUGAUCGUGCUGCUAUUGUCAAUUUGAUCUUGUAUGUCAAGCAUAUGGCAGGUGCGCAGGCAACCUCCUCGACCCACAGUCCGAUGGCGGCGAAUGUUGUUCGAGGUCUACAGACUUUGAUACGUGAACUGGAGAUCAAUUGCACUCGUCUGCGCAUACGAGCUCUGGAGGGUGACGACAGUAUCUUAUACAACAUCAAGGAUACCGUUGAUCUUAUGAUUCCAGCUAUACAAGGCGUAGAAGAUCAACGCACGAUUGAUGAACCAGAGGAUGAGCAGGCCCUGCCUGCCUCCACAGCUCCUGUAAUGAUCCAGGCGCAUGAGCCACAGUCUCAGAUAUUGACAACUAAAUUGGUGAACUCACAGCAGCCACGCCCAGGGCCUGAUGCUCAUGGUGAACCACCCAAUCUGAGCGUUGAUAACUCCGCACCCACCUCACAUAGUACUAGUACACUGGAUACAACCAGGACCCUGCAGACUAAGGAUGAAGGCAAGGCAAGGGCAGAUACUGGAACAGAAGGUCCUGUGGGUGAGUGGGGUAAAGGUGAUGGAUCCACCGACGGAACAGUGACAGGCAUGAAGCCUGACUCGGGCGAAGAAGGCGGCGGGCCAGGGGGCAGGCGUACUGCUGAUGCUGCAGCUACUGUGGCGUCGUGUGAAGGCGCCCAUAUCGAUAUCGAUCAGAGACAUACAAGCUCAGGCAUAAAAGACCCUAGUAUUCCUGUUGGAGAUCUCGGGGUAGUCACUAGCACAUCCACUGACACUCACGCGAUCAAGGCGACUGUCCCAUCUAUCCACCACGGUUCUCGAACCGCAUCAGUCCCUAAGACAUCGCGCGCUGCAACUCCGAGUAGACAAUCCGCCCUUAAGUCAACUGCGCAUGUGACUGCAAGCCACCUCUCCAAGCGUCCAAGAGUUUCAACAGGGAAUUCCUUAGGCAAUGCAAAUAAGAGGGCUCGCAGCACUUACGCUAAUGGCCACGAUCUUGAUGAUGGCGAUUGCAUACUUGUGAAACCAACCAUAUGA